AUGUGCGACCACGGUCACAAUCACACGGGAUGCUCGCACGAGUCGUCCGACACUCCGACGGCGUCCGACCACUUCCGAUAUGAUCUACGCAGCUAUAUCGACUUUGAUCGCGUCACCGUACUCAACGAGGCCGUCGACGACGCCGGCAAAGAGGUCUUCAAGACGAUGGAAACGAGAAAUGACCGCACGAUAUUCGUCGACAGCGAUUGCGACGAGGAGCUUCUCUUCAAUAUCCCAUUCACGGGACACGUCAAAUUGAGCGGAUUGGCGAUAAGCGGCGACGAGAAUGAGACGCAUCCGGCGAAAAUUCGCAUUUUCAAGGAUCGAGAAGCGAUGUCGUUCGAUGACUGCCGAAUAGCUGCCGAUCAGGAGAUUGAUCUUAAAAUGGAUGCGAACGGCGUCGUCGAUUAUCCGUUGAAGGCGUCGAAAUUCGCCAACAUUCACCAUUUGGCGAUUCACGUCGCCAAAAAUUUCGGUGCCGACGCGACGCGCGUUUAUUACAUCGGCCUUCGCGGUGAAUUUCAGCACGAGUUUCGCUCAAAGAUCGCAAUUGCCACGUACGAAUCACGUGCUCAACUCAAGGACCAUAAAAGCGAAAUUCCGGAUGCGGUUGGACACAGUCUGUUCUAG